AUUCGCUCUGCACAAGGAGGGGGGACGGGACCUCUCCCAGAGCCUUGUCCUGCAGCCCCAGGCUGGGCUCUCUCAGGCCCACUUCCCCCUGGGCACUGUGAGCCGCUCCCACGGGGGCCGAGAGAGGCCUGGUGACUCUCAGGUCAGAACAAGGUGGGCAGGCAGCCCUCACCCUCCCUCCCUCUCUCUAGGACACCUACCUGACACACCCUCCCUCUCGGUGCAGCCAGGCCCCAGGGUGGCCUCAGGAGAGAACGUGACCCUGCUGUGUCACUCACAGAGCCCAAGGAACACGUUUCUUCUGUGCAAGGAGGGGGAAGCCAGUCCCCCACUGCGUCUGAUAUCAAAGUAUCGAACCGGGAACUACCAGGCAGAGUUCUCCAUAAGCCCUGUGACCUCAGCCCACGGGGGCACCUACAGGUGCUACAGCUCAAACGGCACCUCCCCCUUCCUCCUGUCUCUCCCCAGUGAACCCCUGGUGCUCCUGGUCUCAGCCUCCCACUCCCAAGACUACACCCUGGAGAAUUCCAUCCGGAUGGGCGUGGCUGGAUUGGUCCUGGUGGUGCUCGGGGUGCUGCUCUUUUGGUCUCGAAACAGCCAGAAAAAGACCCAGCAUGCAGCCAGGACAUGAACAUGGAGGGAACAAUGCACAA